GUGUGGAAGAUGGCGGAGCGAUCUCCGGCUAGAGUGUCCAGGAGUUUAUCUUUACUCUUCAACACCAUUAAAUUCCAGGAACAAGCGUGUGCGGCAGCCGAGCAUCGUCUAUCGAGGAAAUACCUACAUUGUGUGAAAUGGAUUCACUGAAGUUAAUACUCCGUGGGUUUUUUAGAGGAUUAAGAGACAGCGUUGCCGGGUUUGUCCUCAUCUUCGGGUAUGAUGCAGAAGUGCCAGAGAAGCCCCGCAGCUCCCCUUCUCAGGAAACCAACUUGGCGAAGAGACGUGCAGCGCAGCAGGUGGAAAAGAAAAAAAAGCAAGCUUUACAAAAAGAGUUAGUGCUGUGGAGGAUUCUCCGAGAUCCCUAUGUGCAUGUGACAGCUGGCUCUCGGUAUUGUAUUGACUGCUUGGCUUGUUUAUGCGAGACCAAAGUGACCCAUCGCAUCUUGCAGUGUUGCAUCCUCAACGGUGCUGUUUUCGGCCUCAGUGUGGCAUUGUUCCAUUACAUGCUGCUGCCGGGACUGAAGCAGGUGCUGGGGCUGUUUCUGGAUGAGGAAGCGGGGCCAGUGUGGUCGUUGGUGCUGCCCACUCUAACUACCAUCUUCAACACGUUGUGGGUCUUGCCACUCUUCGUGCUCUCCAGGAUCAUUAACACCAUAUGGUUUCAAGACAUAGCCGACAGUGCAUAUCGCCAGCGCCAAGGACGUCCCCAACUGAUCAGCAGCAUCAGUAAACUUGUAGCUGAUAUUCUCAUCUCCAUCUUUGUCCAGUUUCUUUUUCUCAUUCAGGCUAGCUUGAUGAAACUGGUGCCUCUGGUGGGUGUAGAUUUGGUGCUGAACGGUAUUCACCUGUGUAUGCUUAAUGCACUCUAUGCCUUUGAGUACAGAUGGUUCAACAUGGGUUGGGAACUAUACAAGAGAUUAAGUUUCAUCGAGGAGAACUGGCCGUACUUCAUGGGGUUUGGCCUUCCUCUGGCAUUUAUCACAAUGUAUCAAUCUUCAAUGUAUAGUAGUGGCUGUCUCUUUGCUUUGUUAUUUCCCGUUUUCAUCAUCAGUGCUAACGAGGCUGAUCCAGUGCUCAACUCAAAUGGUUGCCAAAUGCACUUGUUUUCCUUGGUGGUUGGUGUGUCGAACCGCAUCAUCCAGACUUUAGUCACAAGACAUCCUCCACCGACCCCCAGCAAGACUCCUCAGCCAUCUCCUUAUCGUUCUACUUCCUUUCGUCCCAGUAGACGUUAGGAAGAUUGCUUUACUCGACGGGAAUUGCUUCAGACAUUUGAAGCUGUUUUAUGGUCUGUGACCAAAGCAAAAGUUGCUUCACCAAAGAUGCAACAAUAUUUCAUAUUAAUAUUACUUGGCCAGCAGUUCUGUUGUAUAUGAAGAAUUAUUUUGAUCACAUGUUGAUUGAUGGUGAUUUAGAGAUAUCAUCUCUCUUCCCCAGAAGUGGAGCUAUUAAGCCCCAUGGAUUUUUUAUAUCCAUAUAACUUUGUCAAAUAGGUCAUUGACAGGGUGGUUUCUUACACCCCUUUACUCACUCAACUGGAACUUGUUCCAUCAGCUAUGAGAGUUUUUAUUUGGCUGCAUCUCUUGCCAUCUUGUGCAAGGGACAAUUAGCAAUAGUAUCUAUGAGGAAAAUAUGCGAGUGUAUAGUAAUUUUAAGGUUUUACGAUUGGCUUGUGAAGUCUGAGAAAUAUAGAACAAGAAAUGUGAAUGUACUUAAAAAGUAAAAUGGAGUGAGAUAUUACAGACAGUAUGUGAAGAAUCUGUAAGCUUAUGACUCAUGAGUAAGUGGAUGUAAGGAAACCUUAGUGAACACAUUGAUGUAACAUGGAUGUAGCAUGAAUGAAAGACUGAUACAUAUUGUUUGCGACAUGAAAAUUUAAGCUAAUAAUUUAUUUAAACUUACAGGAACUUUGUCAGUAUAUUGAAUAUUUUGUUAUAUUAUGAAAGAUAGUUUUACAAAAUGACAUCAUUUGCAGACUGAUUCCUGUGCCUGAAGAAGGCAUUUUAUUUAAUAUUUUAGGACAUUGUUCAACUUAUGUGGUGAACAAUGUCCUAAACUUUUGUAACUUAUGUGGUUUGUGUGGUUUAUGAUGAAAGCUGUUAUUGUACAAAUUCAUUCAGAUCACAAUCACACCCACAUACUCGUGGCAGGAGUGAGCUGUUACCCACGUUUUCAAUACUGUAGCUCAAUUCUAGUGUAACUAUUUUAUAUACAGUAUAUAUAAAAAAUAAAUUCAAA